AUGCGAGGGACUCUGAUUGCUGCCAAAAACAUUCAUUCCCGGGCGCCGGCGGCGGCGCGGAAUCCGGCGGCGCCGCCGCAGCAGUGGAGCCAAGCGGCUGGCGCUCGCGCUGCCGCCGCCAUCGCCUUCGCAAGCGCCGCCGCACAGUCGGCGCGCUUCUCCGUAAACCCCACCCUGGACACUGCCGCCUCCUCCGCCGCCUCUGCCGCUGCCGCCGCCGCGGGCGCCGCAGGCGCAGCUUCUGCCACCGGGCCAGCCUGGGGGAGCUUUUUGCGGAAUCCGCCGAUUCUCCCCUUCCAAACGCUCUCUGCAUCCGCCCCGGGGCCACUGGGAGGCCCUCUUGCCUUCGGAGCUGCCUUUACCGGAGCAAGCGGGAUGGCUUUCCUCCUCCUCCUCCUCCCUCUCCACCAUUCGCUCGGCGGUCUCUCUCCAUCCUUCCCCAUUCCUCCUCCCUUUUCCAAUCCUCCCUUCCCCAAUUCUCCCUUCCCCAGGGGCUCCUCCUUUCCGUCUCCUCCAUUUCCCUGA